CUUGUGGACUCCACCCACCCACACACACACACUCUCCUAUUUCUACCCCUGUUCGACCCCCCUCUCGUCUCCCAACCCCCCGGGUUGCCGUGGGAGACCCUUUCCCCCUUCGUCCGUCCCCUCAACUGUGAGCGCCCCAGCCGUCCGUCCUUGCGCCACCUCCGUCUCCGGCGCCCUGGGAGACCCGGCAGGGGGGCGGCCGACCUCAGCCCCUCGCGCCCCCCACUCGCCCGGCGAACGGCUAAGGCUCCGCCGCCGCCGCCGCCGCCGACAACAUGGCCGCCCUCGCCAGUUCGCUCAUCCGGCAGCGUCGGGAGGUGAAGGACCCGCAGGCCAACCGGCAGAUCGCCAACAAGCGCAAGCCGUGCCCCAAGAGCAACAAGUCGCUCUGCCAAAAGCAGAUCCUCAUCCUCAUCUCCAAGGUCCGGCUAUGCGGCAGUCGAGGGCGAAAACUCGAGAAAAGACCGGAGCCCCAGCUGAAAGGCAUUGUCACACGCCUGUACUGUCGGCAUGGCUUCUACCUCCAAAUGCUCCCCAAUGGCACCAUGGACGGCACAAAGGACGAAAGCAGCUCCUUCUUGCUGUUCAACUUGAUUCCAGUGGGGCUGCGGAUCGUGGCCAUCCAGAGCAGUAAGACAGGGCUCUACGUCGCCAUGAACAGCGAGGGAUACAUCUACGCCUCGGAACACUUUACGCCGGAGUGUAAGUUUAAGGAGUGUGUGUUCGAGAACUACUACGUGACGUACUCCAGCAUCCUGUACCGGCAGACGCAGUCGGGCCGGGCCUGGUACAUUGGCAUCAACCGCGACGGCCAGGUCAUGAAGGGCAACCGGGUCAAGAAGACCAAAGGGGCCGCCCACUUCCUACCCAAACUCAUAGAAGUGGCCAUGUACAGAGAGCCUUCACUGCACGAGAUUGGAGAGCAGAGCCCUCCACGGAAAACGGCCAAGACAUCUGACUCGCCCGUCCACCAGAACAGCAAAAAAGAACCGCCGGCCAAGAUGGCCGCCUCCUAGCGCCGGCCGAAACCGGGGCACGGACGUGAAUGUGACCAUGGGACAAGAGCACAGGGCAGGGCACACACAAACAAAAACAAACAAACAAACAAACAAAGAUAACUAACAAACUAACCCAAGGGGGGGAAAAAAUCAAAUCAGUGUGAACUACAUGCAUCUGACCUCGGAGAACUACAUUUCCCAUGAUUCAGUUCUGGGCAUCAGUGAACUCUACCUGACAGAUGUGAAACCCAAUGGGAAUCUGCCCCGUCUUGCCCAGCCCACUGACACACAACAACAACAACAACAACAACAACAACAACAACCACCACCACCAACACUCAACCCCAAAUAUACUUGCUGAUUUCAGAGCAAUAAAACUGACCACUCAGAGCAAGUGGGAGACUUGUGGCCCGUCACGGUAGUCUUCCCCCCCGCUGAACCCAAGAGGAAUGGAAACAUUUCCUUUUGUUUGUUUUUGACAUUUUUGAAAACACGCUGCUCCCAAGAAGCAAUACGCUCUCACACACACACACAUAAACACAUUUUUAUUAUUUUGUUGUAUCCUUAGA